GCGGGUGGCGGCGCAAGCGAGGAGCGAGCGCAAGGCCGGGCCACCCGAGCGGACUGCAGUGCAAGGCGGUCGCCACCAGGGCCAGCACCUCGCGGCAUCUCUGCCACGCGUGUAGGCGAGCGACCUCUCCAUGAAGCCGCCCUCGAUUCAGGGUAGCCCUGCGGCGGCUUCGGCCGCAGCCCCGGCAAUGGACUCAGCGGCCGCUGCAGACCUGACGGACGUGCUGUGCGAGUUCGACGCCGUGCUGGCCGACUUCGCAUCGCCCUUCCAUGCCCGCCACUUCCACUAUGAGGAGCACCUGGAGCGCAUGAAGAGGCGCAGCAGCGCCAGCGUCAGCGACAGCAGCGGCUUCAGCGACUCAGAGAGUGCAGACUCGCUGUACAGGGACAGCUUCAGCUUCAGCGAUGAGAAACUGAAUUCUCCCACGGACUCCACCCCAGCUCUGCUGACUUCCACUGUCGCCCCUCGGAAAGCCAAAUUAGGUGACACAAAAGAGCUCGAAGACUUCAUUGCCGAUCUUGACAGGACAUUAGCAAGUAUGUGAAGCAAGGAGGCCAGGGUUCUUGGGCCACAAGAGUGAGACUCCCGAAGGCUCCAAGCACCUGGCAAAAUCAGCUACCAAGAAUCGGCUGCAGGAGGGGGCGGAGCUAAGGCUCACAUGGCUGUUCGUGGCUUACACUAACUUUUGCCAUCGGGCCCAACUCUGGGCAACUCAGACAGUGAAACUGACUUUGUUUACCUGCCUGCAGCAUGUUUCAACAGAUGACCUGUCUAAUGUGUUUUUACUCCUUAAACAUAACUCUUCUAUAAUUUAAAAUGCGUUUAUGGAAAUAUUUGUAAUUACUUAUAUAUAGUUGGAGACAAUAAUAAGCUUUUCCCAUUAUAAUAUAUUUUUGUAUACAAAUAAAGUUUAAGCUGGAAUCUGUA